AUGAACAUAGGAUACUUGAUGACCAUGACGAAAGAGCACGAUGGUGGCACAGGGGUUCAACUGGAGUUGUUCAAAUUUCUGGCACGGAGCAGUCUCACGCAAGGCACUGGGAUUGCCUUCGCACCGGCCAUGCAGGUAUCAAGACCUCAGGUCAUGCUGGGCACUUGCCGGAUCGACUUCCCCUCCGCUGGCACCCCGCUGUUCGGCAGCGUCCAGGGGACGGGAGCAUUGCAGAUAGACCGGUCAACACAGGUCAAUCCGAACACAGCCAGUGAAGACAAGGACGGCACAGCGACGCCAUCCCGGUUCGUAUGA